UGAGAUAUGUCUUGAAAGUUUACUGGUUCCUUGUUCUGUGAAGAUUUGAAAUUCCACUAUUUAAAGAUAAAUUAUCUAUCUGUCUAUCUAUCUAUCUAUUGUUAAAAAAGUCUUACCUGAGGGUUUUACAGAAUCUGACCUGUGGAUUAAACAAGGGAACUCUAAAUCAUUUGGCUGAUUGUGCAUUAGGCGUAAAAUUAAUUUUGGAUUUACGAAAAAAAAUCAAGUCACAAAGAAAAUUCCGGUCCAAACUGUGUUCAUCACUUGAGGGGCCAGUGGAUGUUAUUUGUGUUUACAUCUGAGUAGACCUUAGAAGUACACAACCUAUCGUCAGCGAAGGUCCCUCUAUUUAAGUCAUUGACCUCUAACUGGCAGUUGUGACGCAGGGCUGAGAAGGGGUCCUUGAGCAAUCUUAACGCAAAUGGAUGAGUUAAAAUAAGUGAAAUGUAACAUGUGUGCGUCAUUAAGAAAUUAAACAUUUUCCUAGCAUGCAGGAGGAUAUUUUGAGCUAAGAAGCUAAGGAACUUGUAUACCCGUUGACACUAUGGAGUGCAUUCUGUUGACACUAUGAGUAUCGUGAGAUCACAGCUGCAUAGUCUUAAAACAGGCUAGCAACACAAGUUCUUUUAUCUCUGCCAGUGUAAACUUUCUUUUUCUGGACAGAUAAAUAGGCCAUAAGUCGCACAGUGAAGGUCUCCUGAUGAAUGAACUGACAUGAUGACACAUGAUCCUGGCUCCUUGGCCGGCGCCACUUGUUACUAUGAAGACUAUAAGCGCCCUGGAAUUAGAGCUGCCAACCAAAAAAAAAAAGGCGGUCUAGAAUGAUCUAGGGGGUCAAUCCCCCCCUCCGAGACCUAACAUCACUUAGAAACCAUCUACGGGAAAUGUGACCCACAGUGUUUUGCAAGACAUGUGAGCUGUCAAAGUCUCAGCACUGUGGAAGAGUCCCAAAAGUGAGAGCAGCAAGCUGGAGUUGUGCAAAAGGUCCUGUGACCAGCCUGGACAGACCAGUUAUCAACUUUGAACAAAAUUAAUGGAUAAGCAGUGAAAGGCUUCUCCGAGUACAGCAUAAAAGAAUCUGCAAUACAAGUGGGAAAGCUGUGUGUUGGUGAAAACGGAGAACGCAGCACGUUGUCAUCGAGCAGACGGUCAUGAACCUGCGAUAUGAGCGAGGAUGGGUGCAGAAUGAGCCCAGCCUACUUGGGCGUCUUGAUGCCGGGUGCAAGGAGUGGGAGAGGCAGCUCAGAGACAUGCAGAGGAACAUAGAGGAGCUUUAUCAGGAAGUGAAGGCUCGUCGAGAGGAAACUGAGGCUGGAUUGGACGGGAAGACAGACCCCUGGCUUCCUACAUCUAGCCAACGUUCCAAAGGCUCAUCUAAGCACUUCAGUCAUCGCAGUAGUGACCACUGUUACUCUCCCCAUCACCAGAGCUAUGGAAAUGGUGACUCAUUUCGUCACUAUAGUAAUGGCCACUGUGACUCAGCCAACCACCUUACUAACGGCAGCAGGGACCAUCCAGUUUGCCAAGGCCACAGUGCUAAUAAGCUGUUGAGUCAGCGUAGAAAUGGCUGGAACAGUAGUCAUGGUUAUGGUAACCCAAUGAAAUACAACAGCAAUGGCUCCAGUUCCCACGCUGAUCACAGCAGAGAUGCUGGACAGGACUCGGCCAUGAGGGAAUUGGAAGACAUCCUUAAUUUCUGUCUGGGACAGGCUGUUGAGUACAUGAAUUCCCCGGCCACGCUGCAGACCCCCGACAGUUCCGUUGCCAACCUCCAUGGCAACCAAUCCACCACCACGUCUGAGCAAAAGAAAAACACCCCACUCAACACUACACUGGAUGGACGCACCCAAAUGAGUGAGCAGUUUAAUAGAUGCCCCGAUACAAUGUGGAAAAAGUCUGGCGACAAAAGGGAUAAAACGUUUUCAGUGAAAGCCAGCGAAGGAUGCGAAGAAGCAGAGAACAGGAAGAACAAAGUGUUUUACUCAGGAUAUGAGUGGUACAACAACUCCAGCGAUCCCACCAAGGUGGAUCAAAGGUUCAGAGCUUCUCCAACGAAUGCAGAUGCCCCACCCAUUCCUCCUCGUACCACUUCGUGGCACCGCAAUAGCUUGACAACGGCAGAUCCAGAAUUUCCAGCUUCCACCCCUGAGCGGAAGUGCGUCAGCCCCUCUGUGCUCCGGAAAUUCGGAGCAAUGCUUAAAGAAAAUGAGGGCAAGACGCUGAUGGACUCUGGCCUGGUGGUCACCACAGUGGCGUCUGCCAGCGCAAAACGAAUGAGCUCAACUCCUGGCAAGUUUAAUAUCAAUAAGUUGCCUUCGCUUUUGCCAGUGUCGAAAUGCACUUCACAUAACAGGGCUGAAAGGGAGCAGUUGCACCCAGCUGAAAGAGACUUUGUGGGGAAGAUCUGCUUGGGUUCCACGCUUGGCACAGCGCCUUCUUCCUGCUCUGACCGGGAAAGCCCUCUGACGCGGAGUUCAUCCCAGUGCCCGGCUCCGAACGUGCAGUGUCAUGAUGACAUCAUCACGCUCAUAAACACGUUAGAGCUUGAGCAGCAGUCAUCGACCCCUCCGAAAGUUUGGAGUUCGAACCGAGCUCAGGUUGUGCUGCAGGAGACCAGCUUGCCAUCCUCCAUGUCCACCACAAGGCCUUUCUCCCGCCCUGCCCGUCCGGCGAAGCGACGCCCACCGUCCCGCUGGGCCGCCCGCAUCCCCAGCAUCACUGCCACCGGCACUCCUGCAGAGAUCCAGACGUCUUGCUCAUUCUCCAGCCAAAUGGAGACAGUCAUCAUGUGACAGGACUGCAUGGGACACCCUCCGUUUGUCCCCUCUGUAAAUAAGUGAGACGAGUAUUUCGGGCCAGCUGGAUAGCGCUUUAGGAAUGUACUAAGAAUGUACCCGGCGUAUUUUAAGAGUGCAGUGCAUUACGUAGAAGAGAUAGUACGCACCUCCCUGUCGUUGCCUGCGUUUCCGUACUUUUAACUCUAUGCUUGACUCCUAAAAUUGCCACAUUUUCUGAGUGCUGUAUUAUAUGCUGUGAUGGUUCCCCUCAUGACAUCAUCUUAGUGGAGUAGGAAGCAUGUUGGUUAUUUCUUCUUACAAAGGCUUAUUUCACUUUUAUUUUAAACCUUCAAUUAAAGUUUGUG